UGGGAGCAGGGCGGCGCGCGUGGGUGGGGGUUGCGCCGGGGGAGGGGAGUCGGGAACUUUAGGACCCAGGCUCCGGGGGCCCCGCCGUGACAUUCCUGGCAGCGCCGAGAGCGGACAGCCGCUCGGGCCGGAGCGAGGGCGCGCAGCCCAGAAACCACGCGGGCUGCAGAGCCGCCGCCGCGCCGCGCCGCUCGGAGAGACGGAGCAGCUCACCCACCGCGGCCGCGCGCACCGGACGGCGGAGGACGUGACGGCCGGCAUGGGCCGCCUCCCGCUGGAGCCCUGGCUGCAGCCGCUCCUCAGCCCCGCGGGCCUGGCCCUGGCCGCGGCCCUGCUGCUCCUGGUCCUGUGCCUGCGCGGCCGGCGCACCAGGUUCUUCAUAGCUUUUGAAAAACAAGCAGUCCCCCAAAUACAAGAGCAAUAAAAGGGAAAUUCAGAAGGUCAGACUGAGGGAAGAGCUGGCUGUUUUCUCUUUUUCUGGAGUAUUCUACAGACUGACUGCAUGGCUAAAAGGAGCGUUUUCACAUUCUUUAUUCAUCUAUACUCAUUUAUUCAAGAAACACUGAAUACCCAGGCUGCAAACUCUGUAAGGGGACUUGCCUCAUCUCUAUCCAUGAUGACAAGGACACUGCCUGGCAUGAGACCUGGUGAGCCUCCAUUGCUAAAAGGCUGGCUUCCUUACUUUGGACUGGCCCUGAAAUUACAAAAAGAUCCCAUAGGUUUCAUGAGAACUCUUCAAAAUCAACACGGUGACACGUUCACUCUUCUCCUUGGAGGAAAGUACAUAACAUUUAUUCUGGACCCUUACCAGUACCAGUCAGUGAUGAAAAAUCAGAAAUUAAGCUUUCAAAUGUUUAGCAAGAAUAUAUUAAAGAAAGCAUUUGCCAUCCAAAGGUUGAUGACCGAUGAUGAGCUGAACAAUGAGCUUCAUGACUGCUACAAACAUUUACAAGGGAAAUCUUUGGACCUACUCAUGGAAAACAUGACGCAGAACCUACAACAAGUUUUUGAACCCAAACUCUUUAAAACCACAAAUUGGGACAUGGCAUACCUGUUGACAUUCUGCAGCUCAGUAAUAUUUGAGACCACAUUUGCAACCAUCUAUGGAAAAUCUGUUGCUGGUGAUAGGAAAGAAUUUAUUACUGAACUUAAAGAUGAUUUUUUUAAAUUUGAUGCCAAAUUCAUUUAUUUACUAUCAGAUAUACCCAUUGAGCUUCUAGGAAAUGCCAAGUCUAUUCAAAAGAAACUUAUAAAACACUUGACAUCAGAAAACUUGGCUAAUAUACAAGGAUGGUCAGAAGUUGUUCAAAUGAGGCAAGAUAUCCUGGAGAAAUACUAUACAUUCAAGGACUUUGAAAUAGGAGCACAUCAUUUAGGCUUUCUCUGGGCCUCUGUGGCAAACACUAUUCCAACUAUGUUCUGGACAAUCUAUUACCUUCUACGGCACCCAGAAGCUAUGGCAGUGCUGCGUGACGAAAUUGACCAUUUGCUGCAGUCAACAGGUCAAAAGCAAGGGUCUGGAUUUUCCAUCUACAUCACCAGAGAACAAUUGGACAGCCUGGUCUACCUAGAAAGUGCCAUUCUCGAGGCUUUACGACUCUGCUCAUUUUCGUCCAUCAUUCGUUUUGUUCAAGAGGAUUUGACUCUACCUUCAGAGACCGGGGACUACCUCAUACGAAAGGGAGAUCUGGUCGCCAUAUUUCCUCCACUCAUGCACCACGACCCUGAAAUCUUUGAAGCUCCAGAGGAGUAUCGAUUCGACCGUUUUGUAGAAAAUGGUAAGAAGAAAACCAGCUUUUUCAAAGGAGGCAAGAGGCUGAAGCAUUACAUACUGCCAUUUGGAAUGGGAGCCAGCAAAUGCCCAGGCCGAUUCUUGGCAAUCAACGAAAUAAAGCAAUUGUUAGUUGUACUUUUAACUAAUUUUGAUUUAGAAAUAAUGGAUGAUAAACCUGUACAACUAGACUAUGGCCGCUUCUUGAUUGGCAUUCAGUACCCAGAUUCUGAUGUUUUAUUUAGGUACAAAGUCAAAUCUCAAAGAAGCUAAAAGGAGAGAAAAGAAAUCUAUCAAAACCAACCUAAACAUCAUCAGCUCAUCAAUUUGUUUUUAAUUUCUGCAAAUGUGAUUGCUUUGCUUCUAUUGUUUUACAAAGUGCUAACUUUUAUUUGAUCUGAGAUCAGUCCAGCUUGUACUUGUUCAUAAAAUUAAACAGGGUGGUGUUGUGAAACUGGACAUCAAAAUUAACAUCAUAAUAAACUAAAAAUAGUGUUUUUAAGUUUCUACAUACUGUGAUUUUUCACGUGAUAGUAAGUAAAUGGCAAUAAAUUUAGCACUGUGGGAUUUUUAAAA